UGCCCAUUGGCGUCGGCUUAAUUUCGUCGAAACUCGAGAGAAGGGAACGAACGACCGUUCAGUAAGUACAGUAAGACAACACGAUCGAUCAUAAUGAGACAUUCUUGUUGCCCGGACAAAAGUCCCCGUGAGCUGUCAAGUAAGGAGGAAGAGAAGUCGUUCAAAGCCCGCGCGCGCGAACUGUCAGGGUUGCAUGGGGGAUGCGAAUCGCCGACAGGCAGCAAAACCGCUACGGUAACAGCUGCUGUAUGUAUGUAUGUAUGUAUGUAUGUAUGUAUGUAUGUAUGUAUGUAUGUGUGCUGCACUCCGCAUGCAGUGAAUGUGAAUCAGAAACCGUCCAGGAAGCAGCAGGAAACAUCCGCGUGGCUAGAGAUUGGGCUGAAUGCGCAACAAGGUUCAAUGGCCCCACGAAAAGCCGUUCCUUGAAGGGGAAGCACUGACAGAGAAGAUGUAUCGAUGCUUUUCCU